GAUAAAAAUUCUUCGAGUGUCAUGGCCGCCAACAUGGCGCGAAGUAAGUAAUAUAAAGUAUAUUUGUUGUUUGGGAUUUUUUUAUCUUCUUGCUGUCUAAGCUUAUUCAAAACAUGUUUAUUUCUUUGCUGUAGAGUUGAAGCCAUCAUCAGUUGGUAGUCAAGACGACUGGAGUGUAAGAGAGAAGUUAAUUUUGGCCUCUUCUGUGCUGCGUAGCGGAGAUCAAAAUUGGUAUUUAUAUUCAUUUUGAAAAUGAUGUUAUGUUUCAUAUAUUUAUUGACGUGUCUUUCAUUGGACGAUUAAUUUUUAUUAUUUAACGUAAUACGUUAACAUCAUAAUUAUGAUAUUUUGACCUAAUGCAGUCAUCAUAUUUGAACUAUUUUUGCCUCAAACUCACUCAAAAGCCAAAGCCUAGGGAAGACUAUUAAGGAAGGCAUGUACUAAAAGGCGAAACGUCGAAAUGAAACCACCAAACGAAAUGGCUGAAACCAUCAAAACCACUGAAACAAAACCAGCGAAAUGAAACGGCCGAAACGAAACGACCGAAAUGAAACAAAACGGCCGAAACCACCAAGAAUAUAAAUUGCAGAAAUAUUUAUGGGAAUUGUUUUUAAAUUUUAAGGCAAUUAGGAAGGGGGGCAGGGGUGCGGGCAACCCAGAGAACUUUGACUACAUUAGCACAGAAUACUAACCUAUUCAGAAAGUCAUCUCUAUUGUGUUUUGCGUAAGCGCUAUUCAUCGAUCAUCGCCCGUCAGCAAUUGCCCUAAACAGAAGCAGUCAUCCCCUGACGUCAUCGCCUUUUUGGGUAUAUCUGGGGGCGGGUGAAUACUUCUGUUUAGGGUAAGGCCGGCGAGAGCCAACUACGGGCCCCGGGACAAAAUGACGAUUGGUGAACACAUGCCCCCUGUCCCUCUCGACUUAGCCUGUGUGCAGGCCCAAGGGAACUGAUAGUGGGCCUGCAACCAUCACCGCUAGCUGAGGCGAUCGGUAAUUAAUUAACCUAGCAUGCAGGCCCAAGGGAACAGUGACUCAUCACAAAGGCAUAGACAAAGGCUCUCGAUAAGCUUAAAAUUUGAAAAUUGAUCACUUUUUUCGAUUACAAAUGGAACAAGAACAGACUGUUUAUUGUUUACUUGAAGGAAGACAUGUUUUUGCCAUUAUAUUGCUUGUCGUGAGGUGUUGGAAUAGCAAAUUACGACUGGGGUAAACUAUAGUAACCUUUACUUGAGUUUCAUUAAUUUCAAACAGACUUCAGUUGAUACGUUAUGUGUUCUCACGUCCUCAAGAAAAUUAUCUUUUGGUUGAUGUUGAGAUGCAGUUGCAUGUAAGGACUGUAAACCUAUUCGAAACACUUUGCGAUUUACAAGGCUUCGCUGAGAGAGCGAAACAGAAGGCGGUAUUAAAUUGCCAUUUGAAACGAAACAAUCUGGACUCGGAACGCUCUCUUCUUUUGUAGAGUUCUUUACCAAAUGAAAUAAAUUUCGUACUUUCCGCCGCCAACAAGAAUUGCACACACGAUCUGAUAAGUGAGACAAUUUAUUUAUAACAAUGCCAAUGGCGACAGCGAAGCACACAUAAUAUAAAUCCUAAUGUGGUCGCACGACUUCCCUCAUGAUUUGAAGUUUGAGACUGGUUUUCUGUUGAAAUUCGUCCUAAUUUGCCUGUUCCGAUUUUAGUUGAAAAUGAGCACUUGCAAAUUUGGCAAUUACUGACUGCAUUGCUUGCUUUUUUGGAGUUAAAACGCAGCCAUUUACACAUUGUUUAUUAGUGUUCUGAAUAAGCAGAGAAAACCCCGCAACAUUUUAAUGCGAGUUUGUUUGUUAAUAUUUGGAUGCUGUCAUUGGUUCUUUUUUGACAAUUGACACGCGAAUGGGGCGUGUUAUGAAAAGGGGCGUUUUACAAAAUACCAGACGAUGGUUGCAGGCCCACUAUCAGUUCCCUUGGGCCUGCACGCAGGCUACUCUCGACUCUUCUACUGGCUAUUUUUAAUCGCAAUCAACGAGAGAAUUGCCAGCGAAUUACUUGCAAGAAAUCGCAGAAUAACUGAUAAAAAUGCAAUGUGAACGAUGUUCAGCUAACUGUUUUUGCUGAGAAAACGAUUGAAAAAUCAUUUAUUUCACAUUUGGUACGUUUUACAAUCGAUGACGACGAUCGGCGGAUAGUGUGCAAGUAGGCAUAUUUCAUUUAGGACAAACAUAAAGCGAUGAUAAACAAUACAAAUAUUUUACCGAGAUUUCCGGGCCCCUCUGAGCACUCUGGGCUCCGGGUAUUUUGCCCCCGCCUGCCUCCCUCGAUCCCGUCCUGUGUUCGCGGCAAUCAGCGUCAACAAUCGGCCCAAACUUGUGUGUGUGUCAUAAUUCAUUCCUUAUACAGUGUCUCUUUUGGAGCGGGUCUUGGUGCCCUUGCUCAUCUCCACUUUCUUAGGAAGUGUGAUUGUGGUACUAUAGGGGAGAGGUGUUGUUCUCGGCACUCGAGAACAGCUAGGUUAAAUGUAAAUACGUUACCAAGUCGUCGAUACCUAAUUUGUGAACGUGGCCAUGACUAAAUGCAAACUCUCGACCCACAGUCAUGGCUUCGACCAAACUUCCUCUUCAAGGGUACUACAAACCGCCAAGUCACUUAUCAGAUAUUUGCCAGUUACGAUCGAAGCGAGCUUGUUAAUUGUAUUUAAAAUUCACGUACGCAUAUUUGCGCAUGCGACAUUAUUGUCGAUUUCACAUUACUUUUCAAAGCGCCGUUCCCAAGUUUGUUGUCAACUUGCCAAUUACGUUUCCAAAUUCGGAAGUUGGGCGGGAACUUUGCAACAAAGUUCGCAAGUUCAUUUCAAAGUUCGAACUUUGAUUGUAAACAAAUGUUCAUAGUUGGAGUUGAAAUUACUGUAUAAAGCCCUAUGCACAUAUUACUGCAGUAAAAUAUUGGUCCAGUGAUCUCCCAAGAGGAAAAAUGCCCUUUUUUAAUAAAUUUAUAAAUGAAAUUUUUACAUUUGUUUACAAUCGAAGUUCGAACUUUCGAACCGAAUUUGGAAACGUAAUUGGCAAGUUGACAACAAACUUGGGAACCGCGCUUUGAAAAGUAAUAUGAAAUCGACAAUAACGGUAUCUAGGUUUACUGACGUAAUCUAAUGUUCAAUUUUUCUCUGAAGACGGCCCGAGUACACGGAAUACUUUUAAUUUGUACUCGAGUAAAAGUAGAAGUAAUUGACAAAAAAACGACUUGAGUAAGAGUAAAAAGUACUGGAGGCAAAACCUACUUAAGUAAAAAGUACAAAGCAUCCUUAAAAAAUACUUGAAGUACAAAGUAAAAGUACUAUUGUCUGUAGCGUGUAGGGAGGGGACUUCUCCAUUGAUGGAUUGAGAUACAAAAAAAAACACAAAACAGUACACGCAUUAUAAAUAUGCAAUAUUUUACGACAUGGUCUAUACUUUCCAGACCCCGUUGAAGAUAUAAAAGAAAUCCAUUGAUAGGGUUGGGUGAUAUUUCGAUAUUUUGAUUUAUCGCGAUAUUUUCAAUCACGAUUAUCGUAUCGAAGACAGAAACUUGAGCGACGAUAUAUCGAAAUUAUCGUUAUGCUCGAUGACUAUCGUGAUAUUGCUUCACAUGUGUAUAUAGCUGUUAUAAAAUCCUAAAAAAUUCUUUCAAUUCCCUAGAAGAUAUAGUUUUUAAAAGAAUUAAAACUAUUUCCUGAAUUAAAUACGAAUUGAAUACGAUACAAAAGCUAAUAUUUAUGUAUUUAUGAUCUGCUGAAAAAUGGAAUUGCAGGCUUUGCUUGCGCUGUGUGGCCACGGCAUUUGUGCCAGCAAAGUGCAGUAGAUACUGCAUAGACAGUUCAGGUUUAUGAACAGUAAAUAUUAAACAAAUCCUUCAUAUUUCUUUAAUUUGUUGUUUUACUUGUUUUUGGUAAGAUUAUAUAUAAGCUUACUAUGUUUGAUAUCAAUUAAAAUUGAAAAAUGUGGUCAUUGUUUUUAUUGCAUUUAUCGCGAUAUUAUCGAAUAUCGUGAUAAUUUCCUUGACAAUAAUCGUGAGAUAAUUUUUUUAAUAUCGCCCAAACCUAUCCAUUAAAUAAAUAAUACUUAUAUGUAGAGGCAGGGAUGCCGGAAUUGGGGGGGGGGGGCAGGAGGGGCAGCCACCCCCGUUGCCCUUUGCCAGGAGGGGCAAGGGGGGCAAAGGUGCCCUUUCAAUUUAAAGGAUUGCCUUGGCGAAAUAGCGAAUUGUCAGAAAUGUUAGUGCGAUUCUUUUACGAAUUUGCUUCAGAAAACGCAAGAAAUGCAGUCAUCGAGCUUCAAGAAUAGCACAAUCGCCUGCCGGAGAACCCCCUCACACCCUUAUCAUCCAAUCAAUAGAAAACAUGAUUAGUAGGGUUGGGCGAUAUUAAAAAAAUUAUCUCACGAUUAUUGUCAAGGAAAUUAUCACGAUAUUCGAUAAUAUCGCGAUAAAUGCAAUAAAAACAAUGACCACAUUUUUCAAUUUUAAUUAAUAUCAUUGCAUAGUAAGCUUAUAUAUAAUCUUACCAAAAACAAGUAAAACAACAAAUUAAAGAAAUAUGAAGGAUUUGUCUAAUAUUUACUGUUCAUAAACCUGAACUGUCUAUGCAGUAUCUACUGUGUCUCUGCUGGCACAAAUGCUGCAUUUUUCAGCAGAUCAUAAAUACAUAAAUAUUAUGUGAAGCAAUAUCACGAUAGUCAUCGAGCAUGACGAUAAUUUCGAUAUAUCGUCGCUCAAGUUUCUGUCUUCGAUACGAUAAUCGUGUUUGAAAAUAUCGCGAUAAAUCAAAAUAUCGAAAUAUCGCCCAACCCUAAUGAUUAGGCGAAGUUCAACUCCCGAUGUUUUGCAAACAUCUCUUAGUAUAUAUCAAUUCAAAAGUGCCCUUUCACGAAAAUCUGCCCCCUUGCCUUCACAUCGUUCCGGCGUCCCUGUGUAUAGAGGUCCUAUUACCUAUCCCAAAAUUAAAGUAAAUCACGUAAAAUUAAACAAAAGUUAGAAAGUAACGAAAUACUUCGCCACAAAAUGAAAAUAACGAAGUAAAACGUUACUUCUUAAAAUGACUUCGUUCCAAGUAAAAGUACUCCAGAAAAAGUUUACUUUGUUACAUGCUCACUUCUCAAAAAUAUUACUCAAGUACAGUAACGAAGUACAUUUAACAUCGAAUAAACUCGUUCCAAUUAAUUGUCGGACAAAUCGCUUCAAAAAUUCGUACAUAUCCCUUGUCUGUAACGAUUUAUAAUAAACAUUGAGUAACUAUAAAUUACAUACAUUUUUAUUUGUAAAUAAUGGUAAUAUCAUACUAGAAGUUCUAAACUCUUCCUAUAUUAUAGUAAAUAUGUUUUUGUAAAUAUACAUUAUUUUUCUAAUCAACCAACCAGCCCUUCAGGUAUCCGUUUGAAGUCCUGGCUAAUAAUAAUUUGGGUAUGGCCAAUACUGUUUUGCCCUACUGAGGCUCCGGCUAUUAAUUGAUGAGUUGAGUGGUGGGCAAAGGCUUGCAAGCUUUGUCUAUUUGUAUAUUGUCCGAGUGCAAGACUGGGCUAAAAAUUUCAGCUUGUCAUGACUGCAAGUACCGGCGAAUUACACACAGCCUCUGGCGAAUGGCUGUCAUAUGUCUUCUUAGCGCUGGCGAAAUUCGCCGUUCGCCAGCCUAAAACAAGAUGGGUGAACCAACCCUGUAAAUGAUAGAUGUAUUUCAACCUUUAUGGUUGCAAAGUCUAUAUUUUAUUAAUAAAUUCAAAUUCAAAUACUUGACACCACUGGAAUCAAAUUAAAUACGUGGUGUAACCACAAAUUGUUCCUUAUUUUUAGGUCACUAUUUAUAUUCCAAGCUAUAGAGUGAAUAUCGAUUUGCUAGCUUGGAAUGGACAGAAACCGUAGUUUGAGGCCUUUGCUAUAUAGCAAGACCUCAAACUUCCAAUGCACAACCCUCUACAUCAAAGCUAUAAUUAAAUCACUUCAGUAAAUAAAAUUGUCGGCAAGCAAAAGUGUAUUUAUCUUUUCUUAUAUUUUAAAAUUUAGGGUUUCAGUGAGCCGAACUGUCAAACCUAUUGCCGAGUCGGCAUUUGGUGUAAAACAACGCCCACUUGACUUCUUUUCCCAAAAGGUAAAACCAUAGGGCAAAUUUAUUUUACUAUUAUAGCGUAUGCUGUUCGAGUUUGCAUGCCAAUAUGGCAAUACAUAUGAGCAUGCUGAUGUUGUACAAAUCAGUUGUCAUAAUUUUGCUCCAGCCCACUGUCCACAGCCAUCUUAGAAUUUGAUCGCCACUUGCAAAAAAAGUUUCUGCCGCACAGUUAUCAUGUUGGUGUUCUUCCAACAGCUUCUAAAUGUUGUAUUGUAAACUGUAAUUGAUAGCAUCAAUUGGAAAAAUAUUGCAUAUACUGUAGCAAUCAUACACAAUAAGUCUAUAUUUCACAAUCUAUUGUCUUUAGAAAAUUGCCGGAAUUUAUCAAUGUCUAUACACCAUCCAAAGGCAAAGAGAUGUCCUGCUGCCUAGGGUGAGGUGGUUAAUCGAUAAACCAGAAAACCCGAUGUUUUUUUUAAACUCAUUGAACCGAUGUAGUUCUGGGACAAAAACAUGAAAAAAAUUCCGAAAAAAACUGUUUGAAACUCAGUACUAUUGAAACAGAAUAUGAGAAAAUAUUACACUUAAUAGUGGCUUACCGCUUACAUAUUAAGACACAAGUUAUAAAAAUCUAUUUUUUAGGGUUUUUCAGACAGUUUUCGAUUUUCGGUUUUUACUCUGAACCGCCUCACCCCACUGCUGCCUAAAUGUUAAGUUACAUUUCAAGAUCCUGGCAAAGACACUGCUCAAAAUAUUCUGGUUAAUUUUGAUACUUGAUCAUUGUAGAGUUGUGCUGCUCAAUAUUCAGAAAUGUUAGAGAAAGUAGCAACACCUAAGUAAGUCGAACAAUAUUUCAUCGUAAUUGUUAUCUUUUUCUUUACGACGAGUUUUGCCACAAAUCGUUCCUGCUUUUAAGAUUACGUACAUUCUAAAGUAGAAUGUGUAAAAAAAUGUACAAUUUAUUUCUUGUUAGACGAAAACGAACUAAUGAAACUGGUGGCACAGGUAAGAUGAAUUUCUAAUGUAGUAAUGUGAAUGUGUUUUGUAGACGCAACCUCGUACCCAGGCUAUUUUCUCUUAUGCUCGGUGCCACGGACCCUGGGUACGAGGAUGUUGCAGACGUAGCUUGUUUAGGCCAAAUAAAAAUAAUAGUGGGUUUCAGGUUUCCGACCGACCUGUCAAAAACAUGACCGACCAUAGCAUAAACAUUUUAUUGACAUUUCCCAGUAGUGAUCAUCUUUUCGUAAUUAGCAGAAUAUAUAAAUAGUUAUCAGACUCAUUUGUCUACAAAUUAUUUUGUUUGCUUAUAAUCUAAUCAUUAUCUAGUCAUGUUAAUCAUAGUUUUAUAAAACAGUUGAAUAAAAUAUUAAAAACGUACAUUAUUCUCAGUAUUCUGACAUGGAAACUACGGCUGAAAAAAUAUGAAAAUGCCUUGAUGCGUUUGUUUCUCGCGAAAUACAUGUAGCUUGCAUGUACUUUGUGGAACACAUGUGAAAACAAUAAAAACUAAGAGAUUAUAAUGAGUUUUAACUUAUAUUUAUUGCAUACUUUAGAUAAAAUUUUUUUUUUAAAUAAAAUGUUUUUCCGACCUACCUACCCAUAUAAAACAUGGCUGUGAAACCUGAAACCAACUAUUAUUUUUAUUUGGCCUUAUGUAGCAUUUGGAGGGUGUAGCAUUUGAGGGUGUCAUUUGAGGAUGCAUGUCAGGGCUUUUUAUCACUUAUGCAUGACUGGACAAUUAGUGUAGCACAGUACAGUAAAUUUCCUUGUUAAAGUACAGUAUAUUUGAACACACGACUGUAUAACAAGUAACAACCUCGACAUGUUUAUGUAUUUAAAGGCACAGUUCAGCCUUUUGAACGAUGGUUUUUAAGGCGCAUUUCAGCUCUUUUAAUUGAAAAAACUAACUAGGAAAAUCGAUUAAGCAUAAUUCAAGAUCACCAAACUCAAUGUUUUUAACAUUUUAAAACAUUUUUAUUGUUAAAAACAUCGAGUUUACUGAUUUUAAAUUAUACUUAAUUGAUUUUCCUAGUUAGUUUUUUCAAUUAAAAGGGCUGAAAUGCGCCUUAAAAACCAUCGUUCAAAAGGCUGAACUGUGCCUUUAAUUAAACAUGAUAUUUAACAAAAGCUUUCUGAGUAUUUUUUCGUGAGCUCACAAAUUAAUUAAUCAUUUCAAGAAAUUGACAUGCGCUAACAGUAGAAGUUAAUUGCUAUUCAAAAAGCAGAAAUCUAUUCGCUAUUCAAAAAGCAGAAAAUAUAGGGUGAAGCAGUUUUUAGGGUGGUGCUGGACUUGCUGGACUUCUCUAGGGGGAUGCUAGACACGACUACGUGUCGACCCAUCUAGAUCCAUCCCAGGAGGGUGUAGCCCUGUUGGAGAAAGUUCGCACUAUACUCUGCUAGGAAUGUUCGGUAUGAGAAAUUUCCGGUAUCGGUAUACCGAAAAAAUUAUACCGAUAUUAUCGGUAUACCGAUUUUCCUUUGAUAAUUAUAAAGGAAAAUUCUUUGAUGGAAAUUUUGAGUAAUUCUAAAAGGGGAAACGAUAAUUUCGAAGCUGUUUCGAACAUGUUUCGAACGACACGCUGAAAAAAAAUCACACUGAAGUGGAAAUUCUAAAUCAUUGCAGUAGAAAGUUCUUUGAAUUGCCAUUCAGUAGUAAAAUAAAGGUUAUGGUUCACCAUAUAGUUGGUAAAUUUAACACGGUAUACCGAAAAUUUCCGGUAUAUCGGGAAUUUCGGUAUAUCGGUAUGGUUGAAUAUCCGGUAUCGAUAUACCGAUAUUGAUUUAAUACCGAUAUUUUCGGUAUAUCGGUAUACCGAACAGUCCUACACUCUGCAUGCAAGCUCUCGAAUGAACUUGCACUUGCAAGUGGAAAGCAGAAUGAACUGGGCCCCUGACUCAAUACAGGGUAAGCAAUGAAUACACCAGUGAGUGUUGGAAUAAAAAACAACUAAAAGGUGGGUGAGGAAUAAACUUGUAGAUGACUAAAAGGGUUGCAAAAAACGAAGCCCAUUAAUCCUGCAUAAUGGGUGAUUCCGGCUGUAGACUAAAUUUUGAUCUAGGCAAGAAGGACGAAAUUUGACACCAUAGUUAGAAAGAGCAUCUUAGAAUGAGUAAAACUGCAAAGAUUGGUUGCUAAAUGUUGUAAAAUGAAGAAAAUAUAGCCCUGUGAAGUUCGCAAAUUUUGUAUAUAUUUGUAUUACGCGGGGUAAAAAUAACCACUUUUGGCUCAAAAAUGGUUAUUUUUCGCAAGCGUAGUGUAAAUAUAUACAAAAUUUGCGAACUUCAUAGGGCUAUAUUUUGCUCAUUUUACAACAUUUCGCAACCAAACUUUGCAAUUUUACUCAUUUUACGAUGCUCUUUCCAGCUAGUUCUUCUUGUCUAGAUCAAAAUUUCGCCCAUAGCUGAAAUCCACCAUUGAAUAUAAGUUUCAAGUAGACACCCACAACCUUAUUUCAGAUCCACCCGAUUUCCUAGAGAUGCCUGCAGGGGAGGCUAACCCUUAUCCUUCAUCUUCAACUAUUUUUACUGCAUAAAUCAUAUACAGUCAAAUUCCCCCAAACCCCUGACAUUUUCUGCCCCCAAGGAAAUUAUAGUUACUAUACACACCCCUGGGUUUUAUACACACCCCUGGUUAUUUUUUAUCCAAAUCUAGAAACUCCAGGAGAGCAAAUUGCAAGAACACUAACUUUUGAGAGAGUUGAUGAACUGAAAAGAAAUAUCAAGACAGAUCAAUUGAAGUAUAGGUGUGACUAUGAAAUUUGAUAUGUUACAACAAGCUCGUGAUGUUGAGAUAUUCACCUUCAUUCUGUUUUUCCAGAAAAUUAAAGUCUGAGAUUGAGAUGAUCUUAAGUGGAAAAUGUGAUGAUCGCUUACCUAUGAUCUUAGAAAAUUUACAGAAGUACAUACUUGACUUUGUUACAAUUGUUUUUAUGUUCUUUCAAUAUUUGAUGAAAAUCUAUCUGUGUUAACCCAAUUUUUAAUUUCUAAGUAUUGUUUCUCUUUUCAGUAGACCCAAGCCACAGAUGGAGCCACCCACAGGUUAUAGCCCUGGCCAACAAAGAGAAACAAUGAAACCCCCACAAUAUCCUGUUCAACCAUCAUCGUCACCUUCAGGUACUGUAUGUUCAAUACUUGUCUUGCAAGCCGCAGAGGUGGAAAUGGGGGUCUGUGGCAGCUGCGAGAGGCUGACUCCUGUACCCAAUAAGUGUAGUUGAGACGCAAUGUGUUAAAGCAGAAACUAUAAACUGGUUAAAGAUGACGAAUACGUUGUUUUUCUUGUGUUGUGAAAUGAAUUCCAGCCAUUUUUCUUGAUUGUCAGGUUUCCAACUGAAAACUAAUUUGCACAUGUCACGAAUUUAACUCAAACAAGUUAUUGAGUUUUUGGGGCCGUUUAACGGUCCUAAAAAAUCUCUGAAAAAAACCCUGUCACGAUGAGAUACAUUUCACUACACUUUACUUUACUUUACUUUACUUUACUUUACAACUACAAAAGCCUCUGCGGAGGAGAGAGACUAUCAAUGAAAAGAAUAAAUACUCUCUAUAACCAUAUUAGAGAUCGGCUAGAAUGACUAGGAGGAAAUAAGGAUGGGCCAUGAAAUUGUUUUCAUCAGUUUGGGUGGGCCAUCAAUUUGUUUUUUGAGCAAAUGGAUCGGCCAUGAAACACAUAUAGCCUGUUUGCACUCAAGACAUACUACAACUACUACACAAGUUAUGAGAAAGUGACUCAGUGCAUGGUUUGAUGAAAGCAUGGAUAAUAAAAUACAUGGAUAGGAAACUAGCUGACGUGACCUAAUGUUUUCAAUGGGAUGAUGGCGUUGAAACCUAGUUGCAAACCAAAUUCUCAAAAACGGCAUGUUUGGCGAUAAUACAGCUAAACAUUUUAGUCAAAGAGCAAAUAAAUAUAACUAAGCCAUUCUACGAUGAAAUCUCUAAGUAUUCCCAGUCAAUUUUAGCAAAUAUUUCAAGCACUAAACAGUGCAAAAAUGCAUCGCAAAUUUCGUAAAAAUUGGCGACGCCAAUUUCGUAGCUACAAAUGUUAAAAAAUACAAAACAAAGACGAAAAACAUUUACCUUGAAUACUUUGUCGUGGCUUAGGCAUGUUUUUAAAACAAUUAGACCAGUUUAUGCUUCAAUAUUACUCUUUCAAAGCGGAAAAUAUAGCGAAACAACAAAAAUGCUGAGAACUUUGGCAAUACAUGUGACGUCACAGAUUGCAACUAGGUUUAGACUGUGACGUCAGCUAGUUUCCUAUCCAGUUAUUUUACAGUCCAUGAUCAAAGUGACUGCUAUACUGUACAUAUUCAUGUAUAGCAGGAUGGGUCGUGAAAUUUUUCCAAUGACCUACGAUGGGCUUUGAAAUUUUUUCCUUCCAGCCCACCCUAGCAGUUACUUUAUGACCGGUCCCUUACCAUGUAAUGAAGAUGUUGUUUUCAAAAGAAAACGUUUGUUUUUCACUACAGUCAGUGGUGUACAGCAACCAUUAAAAAGUCCAGUAUCUCCAUCGCCUCAAAAGAUGAAAAAUCUUCGAGUCCCAAAACCUACAGAAAGGUUAGAAAAUCAUUUAAUAAUCCUUCGGUUUUAUACAACCAUGUCCUGAGGUAUAUAUUUGUGUUUACAGAUUUCAGAAAUACCAACAGCAACAACAAGCUCGACAUGGCCACAGCUCAUCUCAAAGCCAACAGCAACAACAACAGCAGCAGCAACAACAACAACAGCAACAACAACAACAGCAACAACAACAAUAUAAACAACAACUGAAUAUAUUAGAGCAACUUCAAAAACAACAACAACUGCAACAGUUACAACAACAACAACAACAACAACAACAACAACAACAACAACAACAACAACAACAACAACAACAACAACAAAUACAUCAACAACAAUUUCAGCAACAACAACAACAACUUCAACAACAUAUCGAGCCACAUAACACCCUCCUACCAGCAGAGACCCCUUCAUUACAGGACCACACUCCUGUCCCACCGCAGUUUUUUCGUUCCAAUGGCCAACAGGAAAGGAUACUUCAUCAACAACAGGUAAAUUUCUUAAUGUGUCCGCAGGACGAUACGUCUACUUUUUUUACGUAGACACGAUGUUGCAUAGCCAUGUACAUAAUUUGUAUCGAUAUCGAUAUUAUCUUUAAUUUAUUUUUUAUUGACGGCGAUAUGGAUGUCAGUACAUCACUACCACCUUCAAACAGAAACAGUAGCAUGUACUGUAAAGCCUGAAAUCCAAGCUUUUCCAAAGUUUGUUCAUAUUUUUCUAGCAGCAGCUCAUAACAUCAGCAGUUCAAGCAAGCUUCCCCAACAUUCCAGACAAAAGUCACCUCGCACAACUAGUACAAACUGGGCAUAAUACAGUCAAGAAAGAUCUAACUGCUAUGGAUGUAGACGUUUCCUUUGAUAAACAAGUGAGAAAUAGUAUAUCUAUGUUUAUUAUAUACACAAGGUCUGGAUAUGAGGUAUUCUGCAAUCUGAUUGGUUCUCUACUAGCAGGAUAUUAGCUCAUAUCCUGCUAGUAGAGAAAAACAAAAUGGCGGCCAAACUGAAUUUACGAUGUUUUGCAAACGCGAGAAAACGGCAAGUUGUCGCUUUUUAUAGCCUUCACAGGAUUAAAAACACAAUGAAAAAACUCCCACAAAUUGUGUUCAGGUUACUAGCAAAUACAUUUUUAAAAUUUAAAAUGGUUAAAAAUAUAUAUUUUUGAAAAAAAUAAUCGGCCGAAAGAGCGAAGAUAAAAACAUAAACAAAAUAGAAAAAUAUUGAAAAUAUCCGAAAAGCAAAGUCUGUGAAUUGACAGACAUUGUGUACAUAAUAAAACAGUUAUUCCACUCGCUCUCGUCGAAUAUGAGCGAUAGCCGAUUCGGCGCUAGGCGCCUCAUCGGCUAAUAGGGAGCUUAAGCAUGUAGGAUGGCAACAAGACGACGACGGCAACCAAUACAAGGAGUCAAUGAAAAAUGAAUAAAUAAUUAAAGUCCCAGGGGAGUUUCAGGCGUAGUCGUCGCUCUGUUUAGAACGGCAAAUCACAGAUUUUCACGUCUUUUAUACAACACCUGCAUUUCAAGGCGUAACAAGUGCAACUUAAAAUUCGGUCAGUAGAACUCUUCCCAAACAUAAAGCAUGUGUUUUCAGCUUCUUAUACUGUAUUAAAUUCAUACGAAUUAUAAUAUGCGACAAGUUUUCUUUACUAUCAUUUAUUUGAAGGAAUUUGUUUUGGCCGUCGUCGUCGCGUUGCCGUCCUACAUGCUUAAGCUCCUUAUUAGCUCAUAUUCGACUCGAGUUCGUAGAAUAACUGUUAAUUAUCUAUCAAAUAGUGUGGGGAAUAUAGCCUGGUUUACACCAUCAAAGUUUCUGUGAUCACAGUAGGAGAGAACUGACUCAGUGUUCAACACUAAGUCAGUUUCCUCGAACAUUUCUUACAAAUCCUUCAAAAUUUAGAAUUUACCUGAAUGUAAAAUUCCUACUGUGAUCACAGAAACUUUGAUAGUGUAAACCAAGCUUAUGUUUAGGUCCCCUAAUCUUUUCAAUUAAAGUCUUCAUAAAGCUCACCUCCAAAGAAGGAAUCGGAAAAGGAAAUUUACAUAUUGAAAUUUACAUAUUCAGUCUUCAAUAUUUGAGUUAGUCAUGACAAUAAUUUUUUUGUUUACCCAACCCUUUUCUCUUCGGUGCCACCCCCGGCCAUAAACAAUGACCGGGGAUCGGUCAUUAGUUAUGGGGUGACACCAAAGAGAAAUGUUUUUGCUGACCCAACCAUUAAAUUCGAUUUCCCAACCUCAAAUAUCAAUUAAAAAAUAAAUACCCACCCGCCACCCCUGGCCAAAAACUUUACAAAGUACAAACGGAUACCAUUCAGUUGUCACAUAUGUCCUUUACCACUUCUGUGACAUGAGUUUGAUAACGGCUUGUGAAAUUUUCUGCAGUCUAAAGUUUCAUGUUGUCUGCACAUGUAUUUUCUUUGGAGACACCAUUUGUCUCCCAACAUAUCGGAAAAUGAUCAAGAUAGUGACUCUGAUUGAUUCACAUAUUGUAUUGACAUAUGACUGUUGACAGUGCUUUUUGGUCUCCAAUAUUUCAGUGAGUCAUGCUUUGGAAAUGACAAUACAUUUUUAUUGCCCAACUUUUUACUCGCUCAAAAUUUCGUUUACCCAACCCUUUUCUCUUCGAUGCCACCCCCGGUCAUAAACAAUGACCAGUCCCUAAUGCUAGACUCACAUUGGAACCUCUGAUAUCGUGACGAAGACGAAGCAUCUACAUGUAGUUAAACAGUGCCGUCAGCAUUGUGUUUCUCUCGUUUAGACAAAACAUAAAGUGAGUCCAAAUGUAAAGGAAGCUCCCCAUGAAACCAUCAUUGAUAACGGUAUCCUGGGCCCAGCCCCCUUGAGCGGCGCAACGUCAUCAGGAUUGUUAUCUACGUUAUUAACUGCUCCUGUGAAAGAAAUCAAACAUGUUGCAGAAACGAUCAACCAGGUAUAUAUUAUACGUUAUUAACUGCCGGGUAUUAACUGCACCUGUGAAUUAAAUCCUGAGUAUCAGGUGCAGAUGAGUAGGUUUCACUAAGCACACCAUACAGCAGAGACGAUCGACCAGGUAUAUAUUCUACGCCAUUAACUGCCGGGUAUUAACUGCACCUGUGAAUUAAAUCCCGAGUAUCAGGUGCAGAUGAGUAGGUUUCACUAAGCACACCAUACAGCAGAUGCUGGUCAUUGGCAGGGGUAGAAAAAAUAUUUUACUUUCUGGGACCGCAAGAGAACAUUGAAAAUUUUCGGCAAGAGGACACUACUAGGGGACACUAUCAGGGGAAUCUAUGGUUCCUCAGAAAAUUUUGAAAAUCAGGUGUCUCAGAUUGGCUAAAAAUGCAUUUGCCAUACAACAUUUGUUACAGUGCAUCAUUCUAUAGUCUAAUACGUUUAUACACUAUCGCACUAUUAAGAUGGAUGCACUUAUAAUUGCACUAUGAGUGCAUCCAUCUGAGGUCUUGGUGUGAAUUUUCCUCUGAAUUUCUCGUAUUAUCUAAAUUAUUACAAUUUUUUUCCUUUUUGGGGAAAUAUUUUCUGGGAACUGAAACAAUUUUGUGGGACCAAUGCUCCCGUGGUCCGAAACUUUUUUCCACCCCUGGUCAUUGGUCAAAGUGUGGAAAUAAUGUUCAUUCAUUUCAUCUUAUAAGAUAAACAAGUUUUGUAUUUAGCGACAAAAAAUAAAAUUGAGAGGUGCAGUUGCUCGCUCCUGUCAAAUAGUUGACCUCCAUCUGCUUAUUUGAAACGAUCUCAAAGUGAAACUGAAUUGAGGUACCCAAGUCAUUGCCCAAACUUCGACAUUUAGCUCAUUCGAAAUUUGGGAAUAUUCCCAAUAAUCAACCCUUCUUUAUGAUUUAAAACAUUCUAAUAAAAAAAUUGUGCAAUAUUUACAACUAUAUCAUUAUUGUCAUCAAAUUAUAUAUCAUUCCUUAUCUUUGCAUUUCAUCCUUUAUAGUUUACAUUAACUAUUGAAUGAAUCAGUGAGUUAUUGCUUGCAUUAUUAAGUGUUCAGAGCUUUUUGUGGCCGUUACUGAUUGAACGGCCCCAAAAACUCAAUCUUGAAGUGAGUUUCGAAACUCAAUUAUCUCAUCAAAAGUUGUAGUGCAGUAAAGAUGAAGUUGUUUGAGUUAAAAUUAUAACGUUGAAAUAAUUUUUCCUGUCAGGAAAGGUAUACCGCCUUCAAUUCGUUAAACAAGUUCAAAGUAAUUUUCAGCUGUUCUAAUGCCAUGUAAAGGCUGAAUUGUAAAACUUCCGGGGCCCCGCCAAAACCCCCUGAGUGGUGCGUUCAUCUAAGCUCGUCUAAAUUCUCCAUUGUAGGGGUCCUUUCCAGAUCAAGAGAGAAACGACACAACACCACAGAAAAUCUCAGAGACUUCGCUUCCUUUUUUAGGUAGGUCUUAUACAAGAUUGUUUGUUUCAAGCUUGUGAACAACUUGUGAGAACAACCUUGUGAACACUACAUAGUGCAUGUGAAGCAGUGAGAUUUACAUGCAGUAGAACCCCCCGCUAACUCAAACUCCCAAGGAAGGUGAAAAAUUCAGGGAUUCGAGUUAACGGUCAGUGUUGGAUUUCGUUUAUUAUGGUAAUAAUUAAUAAGGUAUAGUCGUUUUAUUAUUCAUCACAAUUGUGAGCCAUAACGGCGCACUCUAAAGAACUUACACAGUUUGUACAGUAUUACUGUUACCUAAGUUCAACACAGUACCUAUAUACCAGCAGUACCUAUAAACUACAAUCUUGGACAAAACCCUUGAGACCAUUCCAGCCAAUAUUACAAAGUUAUUGAACAUUGAUUGACAAAACAAACUUUGUCUCCCCCUCCCCCCAAGUUCAAUGUUGUAAACAACGCCGAAACAACUUUUGGUAAUAUACCACGACACAAGCUCGACAUUGACUUGGGGGAGCGGGGGCUUAAGAAGGGCAACGUGAUUCAACAUGGACUUUAUCAUAAAAAUAUGCGAAUUUUGUAUAGGAUAAAAAUAGUCUCAACCAGUUGUCCAAAAUUGUAGGUCAGUAAUGAUCGACGCAACAUGUUGAACCUUUUAUCUCUUAUGGACUUGUAUUAGGUUUGCAUAUAUUAUGUACCGAUUAAAUAGUAGUCUGAAUAGAACCCCAAACUUCCGACUUGUCAAUGUGCUAUGUUCUGACAUUUUGAGAUUUGUCGAUCCACGAGUUAGCCGGGUAAAUUUCAGCAAGGGAAAUUGACAUUUGUUCGAGUUAGCGAGGAGUUGAAGUAAAGCGAGUGAGGGAUGGAUCCAGCACGAUCUGGUAGUGGUGCGCUCUGCUAGCUCUGGUGCCGAGUUGUGUCGGUCAUGUGUGCCGCCCGGUCAUCAGCUUGCUUGACUACUGCCAAGUCUUGCUUGACUACUGUAUUCGCUUAUCAUCAUGUUAUUACUCGAAUUACUGUAUCUCAUUUUUUUGCUUUAUCAUGAAAAAUAGCACCCCCCCCCGCAACCUUCCACCCCCCCCCCAGUAAAUCCAUCCCUUAAGGGAGUUCGAGUUAGUGGGGCUCUACUGUAUAAUUUAUAUACUCUAUAUAUACAGAGUGAGCGGCUGUGCAUACAUUUGAUAAGCGUGCCACUAUAUUGAACCAAGAUCAUUCACAUGUCUUGCAGAUGGAAGUAAUCUUGGUAGCGAUAUUCACAAGUCCAGGAUAACUGUACCAUCAGCGACUGAGGUCGCGCCAACCUUGUCCAAACUUCUUACGACAACAACUUCAAUAAAUGGUAAACUUCAAAAGUCUCCUGAAACACCCCAGGUAUGCACUUUCUAAAUCGUUGAUGCUCUUGGGAAGGGGGCUGGCAGAUAAAAACAUCAUGCAAAGAGUGGAAUUUGAAAAAAAAUCAUGCAAGCAUGUGGGGAAAGAAGAAAUUCCUGAAACUACAUGGAAUAUACAAAAAUAUAGAAAAAAAGUCCCGACAGCUUCUACACUUUAAAAAAAGUUCGAUAAAGCAACGACCUUAAAAAAUAAUUUUUAAGGUCUUUGCCUUAUCGUUACUCGCUUGACAAUCAUAUUACACUGAAAAAAAUUAAAAGAUACGAUUGAAGGAAUGGACAGCAGGACUGCAUGACAUCUCAUAUUAAGUCCAUCCAUUUAACACUAAGAAUAUAACAUAAUAAGUACACGAUACACUACAUGAUUCAAAGACGUCACAAAGUCGCGUCAUGACUCUAUUGAAGUAGGAGGAUCUGAAGAAUGUGGUUUUACAAAGGUUGUGUCUAAGUUGAAGACCUAAAACGAGUUGAGCGCGGGAAGAAGGUUACUUGUGUAUUGUAUUUUAGUAUUUUUGCACAAGUGAACAUAACAAAUCCUACAAGUUGAUUGGUCAAAUUUGACGUAUUAAGCUGUUAUAUUCACAAGUGAAUAUAAGCUGUUAUAUUCGCAAGUGAAUAUAACAAAACCGAAAUUUCCAAAAUGGUGGCUAGCCGUUGUGUGGCCAUUAUACUGAUAAAGAAAUAAGCGAAAUUAAAAUAAAUUCAGUCCCAAAAACACAAAAAUACUAAAACAAUUAUUCGCCUCAGGCUCGGUGAUUAUCGGGGAAUAUUCACCUCGACUUCGUCUCGGCGAAUAUUCUCCGAUAAUCACCUCGCCUUCGGCGAAUAAUUGUUAAGUAUUGGUCGGUAUCGAUUUCGUAUAUAGGCUCCGGAUUUGCAUUUGUAGUAGAAAGUAAGAUCUUUGAGUUCAAACCAGUAUGAAAUAGGAAGUGGGUUUAGAGAUUUCAAUCGGAAAGAGUAUGAGGAAUUGUAGUCUUGGGUGCCGUCCCUCGAGAGUUCACCACUUAUUGCUGUAUUAUUUUAUAGGUUUUGCUGCAAGUGAAAUUUCGCUGCAUUUCGUUACAAGUUGCAUGAAAAAUAUAUUCGUGUAACCAUGUUCUUGUGCUACCGCCAUUUUAGGUCAAGAGAACUCCUGCACAGAAAACUCCUGUAGACCAAUCAUGGUCUGCACAAAACAAUUCUCUCGGUAACCAAGAAUAUAAAUUUACUACAUGAUUUAUAACUUGCGCAACACUAGGUUACCGUGCAUUUCUUCAAUUGAUAUUUUUUACUUGUGUCAAAUACUUUUACAGAAUCAGUAGCAAGAAGCCGAAAGCCUUCGGAGGUUAGCAAUGUAACAAUUUUAAUUUUUGCCAAUGAACCAUUUGCAUUAUAAACUAAAUUUUGAUCUAGACAAAAAUUUCAUCACAGCUUGAAAGAGCAUCACAAAAUUAGUAAUAUUCCAAAGUUUCGUUGCGAAGUGUUGUAAAAUGCGGAUAAUAUAGCCUUGCGAAAUUUGCAAUUUUCAGUCAUUUUGUAUUACGCACGGGAAAUUUACAGCCCAAUCGGGUGUUGGGGCAUCAAUUUCUCGUUUGUAAUACAAAAUGACUGAAAAUUGCAAAUUUCGCAAGGCUAUAUUAUCCGCAUUUUACAACAUUUCGCAACGAAACUUUGGAAUAUUAAUAAUUUUGUGAUGCUCUUUCAAGCUGUGAUGAAAUUUUUGUCUAGACCAAAAUUUAGUCUAUAAUGCAAAUGGUCCACUCACUCGCUUUCUAAUAAAAAGGAUGAUAACCCACGUGAUUUGCUGUGAAGUGUACACACAUAAAAAUCUCACAUCUUGUAACAAGUCUGCCAACAAGCCGUCAACGAGUUGUGUUCGCACUGCUUGUCCCAAGUUGUCAACAAGUUUGGAACAAGCUGUUAGCAACAGUAACAACCUUGUUGAUAUUAUCAGACUUGUUUCAAGGUUGUUCCAACAAGUCUCAUACAGUCAUGAUAUAACACUGUUGUUACAAUCUUGUGUGAUCAACCUUGUAACGUUCUUGUUAUAUCAUGAUUGUAUCAGACUUGUUAGAACAACCUUGUUACAAGUCUGAUAAUGAUGUUUGUGAUGUUACUCUGAGUGUAUUAUAUCCACACCGGGCAAGCUUGAAAAAUAUGCCUGUCCACGGUGGGAAUCGAACUUUGCAAUACUAGCCCAAUGCUAGCCCUACGCGGUCAGAUCGGUUCGAGUAUGUGAUAUUUCAGAACUGAAUCUAGUUCCUUCGAUAUCAGUGCAAUCUCAUGAUUGUUUUCUGUGUUGUACACAACACCAACACAGAAAAAAAGUCUGAUACUGCCAUCACGCUUAUUACAAGUUGUUAACAGCUUGUUCCAAACUUGUUAGAACAACUGGGAACAAGCAGUGCGAACACAACUUGUCGACACUUGUGAACAGAUUUGUAACAACUUGUGCGUUUUUACGUGUGUACUUUGCGUGUUCUCUAUCUUUUAUUAUCAAAUUGAAAUAUUGUUGUUGUUUUUUUUCAGGAGGAAACAUUAUCAGACGCACUAUCAGACAGUAAGGUGAGAGUCGAUCACUCGCUCGAAUGCCUUCAUUAAAAUAUUUGUUGUAAAAAAUGUUUGUUGUAUACACACACAAAAAUCUCACAUCUUGUAGCAAGUCUGCCAACAAGCCGUCAACAAGUUGUGUUCGCAUUGCUUGUCCCAAGUUGUUAACAAGUUUGGAACAAGCUGUGAACAACUUGUAACAACCUUGAUGAUAUUAUCAGACUUGUUGCAAGGUUGUUCCAACAAGUCUGUAACAGUCAUGAUAUAACAAUAUUGUUGCAACCUUGUGUCGCCAACCUUGUAACAUUCUUGUUAUCAUGACUGUAUCAGACUGUUAGAGCAACCUUGUGACAAGUUUGAUAAUUCCAUCAAGCUUGUUACAAGUUCUUGACAGCUUGUUCCAAACUUGUUACAACAACUAGGAACAAGCAGUGCGACAGCUGGUGAACAUAUUUGUAACAACUUGUUGGCAUAGGAUAUGCGUAUAGUGGUCAUAUACACACGUAAAAAUCUAACAACUUGUCAACAAGAUGUGUUCGCAACAGGCUUGUAGCAAGCUUGUCAACAAAUUGUAACAAUGCUGUAGGCUUUAACCGGUUUUUCGGGUUUUUUCGGUUUUAUUUUCAAACCGGUUUUUUUCGGUUUAGCUUUUAAAAAACCGGAAAACCGUCAUUACGUAAUUGUUUGCUGUCAUCGCCCGAAACUCGAUCUUAAUUCUCAAAACAUGACACUAAUUAAACUCAAUUACAUGACACUAGAUACAAAUUCUAUUCUUUUUCCGUAAAAUCGGUAAGAACUAAAGAGGUAUAAGUUUUCAAAUGCGUUCUUGACCCUUUUAUUUUCAAACUGAAGUCGUUUUAGAUUACCUUUGCACAAUUUUGCGUUUUGUCGUGUACUGUUCGUUUGCUUAUGUCAAAAAAAUACCACAAUUCUUGCUCAUUCAGUUGAAGUAAAAAUUAAAGGGAAAAAACCGGUUUUCCGGUUUUACCGGUUUAGAAGCAGACGGUUUUUCGGUUUUAAUUUUAAGCAAAACCGCCCAAGCCUUGAAUGCUGUUAUUUUAUCAAGUUGCUACAAGGUUGUCACUCACAGCUUGUUGACAAAUUGUUGAAUUGCAGGACGAUAACAAGUUGUUGGAACAACUUGUGACAGGUCUGUUGAGCUCAACAACCUUGUAGCAAGUUGCCAACAAGCCGUUGACAACUUGUCAACAAGCUGGGAACAAGCAGUGCGAACAAUUGUUUCCGUCAAAUAUGUCGUACACACGUAAAAACGCACAAGUUGUUCCAGGUUUGCAAACAAGUUGUUACAAAUCUUUUCAGAGGCUGUCGACAAAUUGUGUUCGCACUGCUUGUUCCCAGUUGUUGUAACUAGUUUGGAACAAGCUGUUAACAACUUGUAACAAGCUUGAUGGCAUUAUCAGACCUGUUACAAGGUUAUUCCAACAAGACUGAUACAGUCAUGAUGAAACAAGAAUGUUACAAGGUUGACGACACAGGUUGUAACAAUACUGUUAUAUCAUGACUGUUACAGACUCGUUGGAACAACCUUGCAACAAGUCUGAUAAUAUGAACAAGGUUGUUACAAGUUGUUAACAGCUUGCUUCAAACUUGUUGACAACUUGGGGCAGGCAGUGAGAACGCAACUGUUGACGGCUUGUUGGCAGACUUGCUACAAGAUGUGAGAGUUUUACUCGUGUAGUCUUGUGUUGGUUGCCAAUAAUUGGAAAUGAAGCAUUCAGUCUCAUUGUCUUACUACGUCUUGUUUAUGAGAUUGACCAUCAUCUGUUAAUGAAGUAUCCGUUACAUUUAGGAACCAGCUGCUAAGGAGCAUUUUCAAGAGUUUGUGGAUCGCCCUGCCAUACCGCCCAAAGUACUGGUAGCUAGUGAUGAAGUGAAAUCAAAGCCUGAAAAAAGACGACCUGGUAGGGUUUCAUUUCCUCUGUUAGUUUUAAAGCCCCUUUACAAAACAUUUAGCGAGGAUCUAGUGGUGUAAUGGAUCAGUGGUGGCGCAAGAGUUUUUAGGGGAGUGCUGGGCGAACAGCUAAGCACACCAAACCCAGCACUAGCCAGCAGCGUAUUCUUAAGGCCCAUUUACACGAUACGAUUAGUUGUAUACGAUUGUCAUUCUGACGAAUGAAAACGAGUGCUAAUGCCACGUUAUUGCUCAUUCGCUAAUGGCGAAAUUUGAAAUGUGACGUUUGUACGCGUGUUUAUUCGAUCACAUACGCCAGAGUAAGAAUCGUAUACAACUAAUCGUACCGUGUAAAUGGGCCUUUAUGAAACUGCACCUAGUAGUUUCUUGGUUACAAUUUACAGAUAUGUUGAAUAAAUUUUUUCUUUCUAAUUUUAUUUUCAUUAUCAAAUACUUAUAAUGUUAGACGUUUGCAGCAAAAUCAAAGUGUCAAACUAAAUUCAUUAUUGAUAUUGGACUUAUCAGUAUUUUGAACUCGUGCUGUGAUGCCCCAUUGAAUUCCAAAUUUUAAGUUAGUAUAAUACUGAUAACAAACUUUGAAUACUCAAACAUUUAAAAGUAAGAUAAUUUUAUUUUUUGUACCCCCCCCUUGCACCCAUGUUGACCAAGGCCCUCUUGCACCCAUGUUGAUCAAGGCCAACAAAUUCACCACUGUAGUGGACUAGAACACAGGCUAUAGUGAUUGGAAUGUUUUACUGUCUUUUCAUUGUUUUGAUGUCACUCGUUGUUUGGAUAUAUUUGUGGCGUUAUGCAUCUGGCCUAUAUUCCUUUCUUUUCUAUUUUGUUUCUUUUUUGCAAAGUCUAUUUCUUUUUAUAAUUUCUUUUCAGGUCGCCCAAGAACUAGAAAACCCCCAAAGGUUUGUUAUUUCUAUUUUUACAAUAAAGCUACAUGUAUUAUGCAUUUUUUGUCUGGAACGUACUUUACCUUAUUACCAUAGAUUAGGAAAUGAAUAGUUGGCUCACUCCUUUGAUGUUUUUAACGCUGCCGGCACCCACGCAUGUUCUUGCCAGAGUAAUGGCGGCCUAGCAAGUAACUGAAGUAAAAUGCAUUGUGAAAUUGACAUCGGUGUUACUAAAUCCUGUAUUUUUAUAAUUCUGAUUUAUUUUUCCAUUAAACCCCCCGAAAGCGGAAAGAUACAGGAUUUGUAGCACGGAUGUCAAUUUCACAAUGCAUUUUAUUAUAGUUCUUGCUAGGCCGCCAUUACUCUGGCAAGAACAUGCGUGGGUGCCGGCGGGCGGCGUCAAAAACAUCAAAGGAGUGAGCCAUCUAUUCAUUUCCUAAUCUAUGUUAUUACAUUGUCGUCCAGCUUGGUCGCAGUUGUUCACGACAACCAUUUAUUCUAAUAACUUUGAACUGUCUUUGCCAGUGUAGGUAUUGGCAAUAAUAUGAACAAGCUUUCGUUGGCAGGGAUGCAACUACCUGGAAAUAUAUAAGGAGAAUUUCGACGUUUCGAGCGAAGGCCCUUCAUCUGGAGUUACCAGUAACUCCAGACGAAGGGCCUUCGAUCGAAACGUCGAAAUUCUACCAACGAAAGCUUGUUCAAUUUAUUCUAAUACGUUGAGAGGUAAUUUGUAUCUUGAACACAACCACCUGAGUGCUUCUCAGAUGUGUUUGUUUGUUUGUUUGUUUGUUUUGUUUUGUUUGUUUGUUUGUUUGUUUGUUUGUUUGUUUGUUUGUUUGUUUGUUUGUUUGUUUGUUUGUUUGUUUGUUUGUUUGUUUGUUUGUUUGUUUGUUUGUUUGUUUGUUUGUUUGUUUGUUUGUUUGUUUGUUUGUUUGUUUGUUUGUUUGUUUGUUUGUUUGUUUGUUUGUUUGUUUGUUUGUUUGUUUGUUUGUUUGUUUGUUUGUUUGUUUGUUUGUUUGUUUGUUUGUUUGUCUGAUGUUUGAUGUUUGAUGUUUGAUGUUUGAUGUUUGAUGUUUGAUGUUAGAUGAUGUUUGUUUUGCAGGAAACUGAGGAAGAAGAUGCAGAUGAAAGUUUGAAAGAGGUUGGGAUAUACAAUCAAAUAUCCAUGGCAUUAAAUAUACGUACCGGGGGCACUUUCUCUGCUUCCCCAGCUCAAAAAAAACCCGAAACAACGAAGGCUCUUAAAAUUUCUUCAUACAAUUGUGAUUGCUUAACUGAGAUUAUAAAUCCUAGCUGCGUUAGUAACGGAUACUAUGCAUUAAAGUGUAAUAUAUUGUAAAACAUAGCUUCUCCCGUUUUACAAUUAUGACGUCAUACGGGCCCCCCUGGGAACGUUUUGCCCCGUGCCCCACGCAACCUUUCGGCGGCCUGCACCUCUGUAAGAGAGGACAUGUUUUGACUAUCGUCAUUAUGGUUUUAAAUCUAAAACCUCGCUCUCACGUUUAUAAAACAGUAUGGGCAGAACUUAUAAAAUAAACGUGUAUAAAAGUAAUGGUAGUUACAUGUGAAUAUAUUAUUUUCAUCACAUGACGAAAUCCUGUUAUGUGUUUUUAAAGAGUCAUUGUCAACCACAAUGCAUUUGUUUACAUCUUACCUUCGGAAGUGACAAAUGGCAACAAAUGACGAUUAUAAACAUUUCUUUGGUGCAAUUUUAGUAUAAAAAAGUUAAAAUGAGCAAGUAUAACCAUAGGAUGGUAGUAAUAUAUUAUGGAUUGAAAACUGAAACAUCUAUUAUUACGCCUUUAAAAUGGCCGCCAAGCAGGUUUGGGCGCACAAUGCAUUGUGGUUGACAAUGACUCUUUAAGUAUAGGUUAUCAUUCCAGAGGACCCACUGACUAGUACUAGUAAUGUUGCAUUGUUCGCAACCGUUCUGGUUAUGUCUUAAAUCGUGUGUAUAUAUGCUCACUUGGAUUAUGCACCAAUAUUAAUCAUUGCCCCAAUGCAACAAUUAUUAAAAUAGUGGGCAAAAGUAUGCGAUAAAGAAUAUUAUGUAUUGUUGAUCAGGGUGUAAAAUCAUCAGAUGUAAAAGUUGAGGCAGACGAUGGUGAAGAAAGAGUAAAGAAAUGUGAAGAUGAUUUGAAAAAGGAAGAUAAAGCUGAACUCAGUGUUCAAAGUAGUUUUGGUUCCGAGUCCGUUCCUGACAGUCCCGCUUCGCAAAUAUCACAAAGGUCAGUGGCAUUAUUACGUCGUACCCUUCCUGACGUCACCGCCGCGCAUGUUGGAUCAACUUCACAUUUCACAAAGCCUUUUGUUUGUUUGUAUUUCGCAAUGUAAAUUUCAUCACCCAACAUGGCAGGAAUCUGUGUGUUAUUUGAAGGAUCUAAAGGAAUCUGUGUGUUCUUUGAAGGAUCUAACUUCCUGGGGCCGGUUGUGCGCAGGUUCUCAAUUAAAACUGGUUCAUGUGGGAGGUAUCAUUAAAAUCAUACCUACCCAAGGGUGGGUUGACUACAAAAUUUUUGUAGUUCGCUAUAACUACAGCUACUUCAAAAAUAUGUAGUCAGCUACAACUACUGCUACUUUUGAACAAAGGUAGUUCGCUACUGACUACAGCUACUGCUUAAAAAAUGUAGCCAACUAUUUCGCUAUUUCGCUACGCUAUAUUUUUUAGUUUUACUGUAUUUGGAGCAUCUACUAACUCAGGCCUAAUGUAACCUAUAACAAAUCGACUUACGAGUAGCAACAGUAAACAUAUAAAGCAACAUUUUUGUAAGCACUAUAUUGUUCGGGAGUGCAAAUUGAGUAUUGAGUAUUGAUUUUAAGCAAACCGUGUCUCAAUAUCAUUCUAUUCUAUCAAGUUGCUAACAAUUUUAAAAAGUAGCGAAUAGCGAUUCCCUAUUUGAAAAGUAGUCAACUACUUGGCUACUUUUAGGCAAAAUGUAGUUCGCUAUAACUACAGCUACUAUUUUAAAAAAGUAGUCAAAAACUACUGGCUAUUUGAAAAUUGUAGUUCGCUACAGUAGCGAACUGCAACUACUUCGCUACUACCCACCCUUGUACCUACCACAACCAGUUUUAAUUCAGAUUUAUAAGUCGUUAAUCCAACCACAUUUUCAUUAUUGUAGCAGUGUCUGGGGCAGCUUAUGUAAGGCUCUUGGACCACACUUCAAAAAUUUCAAAAUAGACCUACACGAAUUAUUACGGGAACUGAUUAUAAUGUUCGUUCUGCUGAGAGCUUGCGCACCUUAGGGGCCGAUUACAUGGAGCAUUUUCAGCCCCAGGGUUGAACUCAGCCCUGUUUACCGGGAUGAAAUUUCAGCCCUGUCUGUAAUACAAAACUCUAUCAAAAUCAAACGCGCGAUUACAUGACAAUAUUUUCAACCCAGGGCUGAGUUCAACCCCGGGGUUGAAAUUUCAACCCUGCUUCAGCUAGCAAACAAUCUAUUUCAUAAUUUUCAUUGAGCAUUUUUUGAUAGUAACUUGUAUUGAUAGUUGGAUUUGUGUUUGCAGUGGAAGUGAUGACUCGGAGUCUCUGCAAGCCCAAAAGAAUUGGAAAAAAUCCAUUAUGCUCGUGUGGAGAGCUGCUGCAAAUCACAAGUUAGUGCAGUUUAUUUCAUUGGAAGAUACGGUUAGCCCACUGGCUCGUAUCGCUGAGUUAAACCUGUGAUAUAUCAUUUCUUGAUACAUUUUUCCACCCUCCCUCCCCCCACCUGUUUCAAUGCUGGCCUCUCGCAACCAGACAUCAGGUUUUUGUCCGCCCAACAUUAGAGACCUUACGAUUUUAGGACGGCAACGCGACGGCGACGGCUAUACCGAUACAAUAGAUCAUUCAAAAGAAUUGAGUAAUUACAAUAUAUGAAUAAUUUAGACAUUGUCCUCGCUCUGUUUACAACGCCAAAUCACAGAUUUUCACGUCUUGAUACAACGGCUGCAUUCCAAGCCGCAACAAGUGCAACUUCAAUCUGGGUUUAGCAGAACUCUUUCCUUCCAACCAUAAAACCCAUGUCUUUAACUUCUAAAACUGUAAUAAAUUCAUACGAUUGAUAAUUUACCACGAACUAUCUUUACUACCAUUUAUUUGAAGGAGUUUGUUUUGGUCGUCGCCGUCGCGUUGCCGUCCUAAAAUCGUAAGGUCUCUAUUGAACUGGGGGAACGGAGGGCACUAUACGCCUUUCAUAUUAUGUGAAAUUACAGCACCUGUCCCAUAGUUUUUGUCAAAGAUUGUAGUACUGAAAGUCAGGAAUAAGGGCAAUGACACUUGUUGCGUGAUUAGACUUACGUUGUUUAUGCAUGGUCGCAGUCAGAGGCGUCUCUGGUGAGCAUUGUUACAACUUGUUGACAAGCCUGCUACAAGUCUGUUGCGAACACAUCUUGUUAACAAACUGUGAGAUGUUUUGACGUGUGUAUCCCGUGCAGGGAUGGAUUUACUGGCCAGAGGGGGUGCAGGGAGUGUGCUAUUUUUCAUGAUAAAGCAAAAAAAUAUUAGAGACAAAAUGAGAUACAGUAAUUUGAGUAAUAACAUGAUGAUAAGCAAACUGUGAACAACAAUUACAAUUUAAAUACAGUAGUCAACCAAGACUUUGCAGUAGUGAAGCAAGUUGAUGGGCGAGCGGCACACAUGACCGACACAACUCGGCACCAGAGCUGGCAGAGCACCCUCCCCUACCAGAUCAUGCUGGAUCCAUCUCUGAUCCCGUGUAUAAGAGACUGUAAUAUAUUGUAAAUAGUGAGCUUAAGCAAGCGACUUUGUUUUUUAACACGGACGUUACCCGAAAAUUAGUGCAUCUAAUUUUGGCGGUAUUUUGCAUCACAGCGCUCGUGUAAGGAAGCAAAAAAAAACACUUUAAAAAUCUUGCAUUUAUGUGGGCGACCGCCAUGUUGGUCCCCUUUCAACAAAAGAAUCUCAUUAGCUUCUUUUGAAUUUGGCACCAACAUGGCCGCCGUGCCAUUGUCUUAUAAUUCUCAAGGGAUUGAUUGCAAGUCAAGAAUUGAAGAUUACCACAAACUGAGGUGCUGUUUACAUGAAUCCGGAUUGACUUUCAAUCCGGAAUGAACUCAUUCCAUUUUAAUACAAACCCUAUUAAAUGUUUACAUGUGUCUGGAAUGAGUUACAACUCGAUCCUAAUCUCAUUCCGAAUCGAGAUUUCAAUCCAGAUCGAAAUUUGGCUUCGAUCCCAUGCAUGUAAACACGAAUCGAAACUCAUUCCGGAAUGAGAAAGCGACCGGAUAAGAUAACAUCAUGGCUACUUUUCUCUUUCUUAAAAUGACUUUUUGCAAAAUCCAGUAGCUUCAUGCACGUCUUUAAGCGUAUUAGCGCGGAAAGAGCCGAAAAGAAAACUACUGCUAUGAUAUUUACAUCAUUCGCCAUCUUGGAAUUGAAAUUUCCCGCGUAAAUUCUAAUCCUCGAACCCAUUUUCCAUGUAAACACGGCAAUGUGGAUUAUAACGGUCGGCAAUCGACUAUUUGCCGAACAAAAACACUAAAUGGCCGGUUAAUCUUAUUCUGCAGGGACAUUUUGACCGAGCAAAUAAAAUAGGCAGUUUUCAUUUAAAUGAAAGGUAUACUAUUUUACUAGUACGGUACUGUUCACAAAGCAUAAACGCGAGAGAAUGAACACAAAAUAUUUUCUUGGCUUUGCUGUGACAAGCAACAAAAUCACAUCAUCGUUGGGACUGCUUGCCAAAAAUUAAGUAAUGUGAUUGAUCAAGCGAGAAGUGAUCAGCACGAGCUAUCAAAUUGAUAGCUUGUCAAUUGAAUGUAAAUUUUGAAAAGCUGGCCGAUCAUUAUUAGCCAAUAGAGAGGUUAAGAUACACCGGUUCCGGAGUACGAGUAUCGCCAUUUUGUUUACCAAUUUUUGCUGAUGUCAGCGUUUUUACCCGUAACUUCUACACGUUUCCCCGCGGUAAACCAAGGCCUACACGUAAACGACAAACGGGUACGGGUGUUGUCUGUUUACUACCUAUGGCCGUUUAAAUAGCAAAAACUUCAACAUCUUACCCAAAUAAAUAAUAAAUUAAUGCACAUAAACAAUCUAUGGCAAACCGUAACAGCGAAAGUUACCAUUCUCUGAUCGGUUUUCUCACGGCGGAGUAUCUUGGAUUUCUUAAGUUACAAAUCGUUCCCCGAUGUACGGGUACGUGUAUAUCACCCGUACCCGUAAACCGGAACCGGGGUAUCUUAACCUCUCUAAUGUCCGAGCAACCACACAGUUGAUCGGACAUUUGUCAGACCCAAGCGAAAUUGUUAUAAUCCACACUGAAACACGGAUUGACUUGACAUUUCGAUCCGGAUUGAAAGUCAAUCCGGAUUCCUGUAAGCAGCACCUGACACAAACGCAGUUCUUAAUCCAGUCCCCAUUUGCAAUCUGUCGUCCGUGUUGAUAGAAACGUCGCUUGCUCAAGCUCGCUAAUAUAAAAUACACGUUGUGUUUUCAUUUUUUUUCCACAAGCUUUCGGCCACUAGACUGGUCGGGUACAGCAUCGAUGAAACUACCAAGCUUGUAUACCAACAUAUAUGACUAUUUUCAUUAGUCUUGUACUUGUCGAGGACCACAGUCUGCACAUUCUAGAUUCUAGUGGCCGAAAUCUCGUCAAAUAAAUAAAUAAUUUUGGUCAACGAAUCGUGGUAUUUUCAGGUACGCAAACGUAUUUCUCCAUCCUGUCACAGACGAUGAAGCUCCUGGAUACCACAAUGUCAUAUACAGGUAAAAACUCAUUCACAGGCUAAAACCCAUAGAGAGGCCUGCGGAGGAGGCUAGUACAGUGAUCAAAAGAAAUGUAAUCGAAUUUCAGCGCGCUAUUGUAUCUGAAUUACUCUGCGUAUGACCGAGAUAUUAGAAAAUAUUAGAAAAGAUCAGGCUUUUAGCUGUUGAAUGAUAUCUUCUUCAUGCCAAAUGGAUAAAAAAUGAGCAAAUACGAAUCCGAUAAAAAAUGUUAGUCAGAAUCGCAUAUUUUCACCGUGGAUUUAUUUCACUUCAGUAAACUACGCAUACACAUAUGGCGUAAGCUAUGACAAGUUCGUGAUUAAUUGUAUAUCUUUUGUUAUGCACUGCUUUAAUUAGGCACAGAGGUGAGAAUAUGCGAUUCUGACUAACAUUUUUUUAUCAGACUCGUACUUGUUUAUUUUUUCUCCGCAUGGCAUGAAAAACAUGACCUUCAAUAACUAAAAGCCUGAUCUUUCCGAAUAUGAAAAACGUUUGUUCAUACGCCGAGUAAUUCACGUACAAUAGCGCGCUGAAGUUUAAUUACUUUUUUUUAUACACACUUUUUUUUACUUAUAGCUAUAAUAAUGUAACAGUCUUUGCUAGUGACGCCGCGACACAUCAUUUGGCGUAAUUUUGCUUGACUUCCACCAUUUUGGCUAGCAAAUGUCGAAAGCUAAAUACAGUAAAAACAUGCACAGCAUCAAUGGACCAUUCCCCAAUUAACCAAAAUUUUGAACUCAACAAGUCUAGACAAAAAUUUCAUCACAGCUUGAAAGAGCAUCACAAAAUUAGUAAUAUUCCAAAGUUUCGUUGCAAAAUGUUGUAAAAUGCGGAUAAUAUAGCCUUGCGAAAUUUGCAAUUUUCAGUCAUUUUGUAUUACAAACGGGAAAUUGUUACCACUUCUGUGCGUAAUACAAAAUGACUGAAAAUUUCAAAUUUCGCAAGGCUAUAUUAUCCGCAUUUUACAACAUUUCGCAACGAAACUUUGGAAUAUUACUAAUUUUGUGAUGCUCUUUCAUGCUAUGAUGGAAUUUUGUCUAGACUUGUUGAGAUCAAAAUUUUGGUUAAUUGGGGAAUGGUCCAUUGACUGUCAAAUUUCCCAAGUGUACUUUAAAAUCAAUAGAGUUCCAAAUGGACGCUUUUAUUCAGGGGCGGAUCUUGCCUCAUUUAAAGGGGGUGCAUUACUACGGGGCAUUCUACGGAAAUUUUUUGAAAUUUUAAGCCCUGAAUGCCAUUUCUUACAUUCUGAGCACUACAUUUAUUCGUUAAAUUUGUCUUUACGGUACUUGUAUUUCAGGCAAAAAUUAAGAAAAUAAGUGCUACGUUAUAUGGUAACCAGUCGUAUUAGUGCUUGAGUACUCGAAAAUCAAUCGUUUCAAUAUAAUAAGUAUAGCAUUCACAACUCAAAAAGUGGGGAAUCAAAACUUAAUAUGGAAUACCUGAGUUUUCUUCAAGGGGGUACUGGGCACCAUUAAGGGUAUAGAGGGGUGCGACCCCCCUACAACCCGCCGUAGGUCCGCCUCUGCUUUUAUUUAACUGGCUUAACACGAAUUCAGAAAUGCCCACCAUUGUCUUUUCCCACCUCUGGCAAGGUCAGCAGAGAGUAACGUUGUUCUUUCUUUUAAUCGUUAGACCAAUGGAUUUAUCAACGAUCAAGAAAAACAUUGAAAGCGGGGUAUGUACACUGUAUAAUGACCAGCUCUCUAUCGAAAAUAUGAUACUAUACAGAGGUUAAGAUAACCCGGUUUUUGCGGGUACGAGUAUCGCCAUUCUGUUUACCAAUUUUUGCUGAUGUUAGCUGACGUUUCCCCGCGGUAUCUAUGCAUGGUCUACACAGGGUGUCCACGGGCCUUGAAAAUCCUGGAAAGUCCUUGGCAUGAAUUGGAAAAUAAAUUCCAAGACUGGAAAGUCCUUGAAAAUCAAUAGAAGUCCUUGAAAAUCCUGGAAUUAAUUUCCUUAACCUCCAACUGUGCCAACAUUAGUGAUUUUGAUUAAGAUUACUGAUUUUUCCUAGAUUUUUCCCAGUUCUAGGUCCUUGAAUUUACUGAAAAAGGGCUUUGAAAGUCCUGGAAAAGUCCUUGAAUUUCACCUUACCAAAGGGUGGACACUCUGUCUACACGUAAAAGACAAACGGGCAUGGGUGUUUUCUGUUUACUAUUUGUGGGGGCGUUUAAGUAGUAAAAUACUUCAACAUCUUACCUAAAUAAACCAAUGCACAUAUGCUCGUUAAUUUUUCCCAAAUCUAUGGUGAACCUCAACAACGGUAAGUUGCCAUUCUCCGAUCGUUUCUUACCCCGGAAUAUCUUGGAUUUCUUAAGUUGCAAGUCGUACCCGGUUUACAGGUACAUGUGUAUCACCCGUAAACCGGGGUAUCUUAACCUCUCCUCUCUAUUGUACUUUUGUAGGAGAGGAUUUAACCUGUUUCCGCUUCUACUCUUUUACCAUGUAUUUUAAUAUCUUAGGCCUGUUUUAUAUACGUCGAAUUGUGGUCGCGUCGAAUGCAAUUAAGACAAUAGAUAAUGAGAUGAUAAACCUCAUUAAACUUCAUUAUCUAGUGUUUGAAUUGCAUUCGACGCGACCGAAAUUCGACGUAUAAAACAGGCCUAAUAUCGCUUUAAUUAUGUGCAACAAAUUCUGUUAAGGUGAUUCGUUCAACAGGCGGUUUUCAACGAGAUAUGAUGUUAAUGUUUCAGAACGCUUUAAUGUACAACAGUGCAGAUCACGACGUGUAAGUGUUCUUAAUUUGAGGUAUUUAAUUCUCAUUAGAACUUGGGUAAAUUAUAUAUCAGACGAUGGUACUUCGGAUGACUCCAUACCGGACAAGCUGAAAAAUUGCAGGACCGCGCCAGAAAUCCAAACUGCGACCUUAGUUUCCUAGGCCAGUGUUCUACCAAAUGAGCUACGAGGUCAAGUCGGUUAGGUUAGAUAGUUUUCAAACAAUGUUCGUAGAUAAUUUUUUUUAUUUGUCUUGAGUGCAUGCUCUAUACUUUGACCUGCAAUCAGGCCCUCAAAAACUUGAAUGAGGCUGAUCACAGCUUAUAUUGACUGCAUGUGUACUUCCAUUAUCGAACCAUGGAUAAAACACCUUUUUAACUAUUCAUAAAAUGACCAUGCUCACAAAUUAAAACAGUUGCGUGGGGUGAACCAUGCAGGGGAAAUCGUAUGAUGAAAAUCAAUGCCCAGCAAAAUGCACUUACAAGAGCCAUCAAAAUAAUUUUUUAAAAGUUUUACUAAGGAUCUAACGUUUCGUCGUUUCUUCAAUUUGAUUUUCUUAUUUUAUAUCUUGAUUCAUUGAUUCUAAAUUUGUCUUGAGUCAACGACGAAACGUUACUUAGAUCCUUAAUGUACUGUUUAAUAAACGAGCGCGCAGCGCGAGUGGCUUUAGACCUAAUAAAACACGACCUGCGAGUUUAUUAAACGGCUUCAAACACGACUACAAAUUCAAUAGAUAUACUGCCUUAUUAGUAUUCCUUAUAUAAAGAAUACUAAUGAAGAUACGACUACAAUAGAUACUGUCUUAUUAGUUUAUAUAAAGAAUACUAAUUAGGAGUGUUUUAUCAGGUUUAAAGCCACUGCACGUGACAUAUUAUGGUUGACAUGAUUUGCCAAUAAGCUUAUGAAUCUUAUGAAUUAUUAAUGAGUGUUUGAAAUAUUUUUUACGUACAUUAUGCUGGGCAUUGAUUUUCGAUAAGCUUGCAUGCUUAAAGAAAAACUGCAUUUUUAUUUUUUUGUUUGUCAAACCACAACAACGUUAAUGGAGUUUUUGUAGAUGAAAAGUUCGAGCGAAAACUUAAUAUGUACAAUGCAAUCAACCAGCUGAUCAAUCAGGGGCGUAGGCCUUGCCCCCCAAGUUUUCAGAAGACACAAAAAGUGCCCUCCGGUGCCAAAGUGCCCUUUUGUCGUCGUGAAAAAUGUUAUUCAGAAAAUAACCUGCAAUUUUUGAGAAAAGUGCCCUUUCGAUAAAUAAAUGUCCAUGAAACAAAUAAAUUUAACUUUUGGUCGUGAUUGUACGUUGCGAUUCGAAAUUUGGGCAAAUGUAUUAUAUUAAGCAUGAAAUCUGAAUAUGAUGACCCCCCCCCCUCACCAACAUUUCCGGGAAAAUUUUUUAGGAGGUGCCCUUUCUAUUAUCCAAAAGUGCCUCCCCCCAACCUUCUGAUGCUUCCUACGCCCCUGUGAUCAAUGGUAAAUGCAGUAGAAAAUAGGAAUAAGAAGCCAUUUUUUAUUUUAUAAAUUUUGCAAUUUGAAAAGCCCUUACUGUAUAUUCACAUUAUUUUGCGGAAGGUUUGAAAUUUUACCCAGAAGGUUGAACACUUUUUGCAACCAGUAGCUAGCGGACACUUCACGAAAUAUUGGGGGGCGAAAAUUUCAACAUGUAUGUGAAUCUUUCAGAACAUGGGUCACUUGAUGAAAUGAAUUGUGCCAUUUCACUGACAUUAGAUACUUUUUCUAAGAUAGUAAAUUAAGCAUGUCGAUUAGCGUUUAUGACAAUUGCGUUACAUGGGUGUGAUUGCAUGCCUUGCCACUUGCUCCUAAACAAUGCUUGUGAAUUGUGACAUUUGAUACCAGACUGUUAUACCCCCCCCCCCUGGUGGUUGCCACUGGUUACAACUCUGCUAGAUCCUCAAGAUCUUGAAUAUUUACGUUGACACAAUGCGAUUUGUCGCCGGGCCAAUUUCAGAUCUAAUUUUAUAAUAUUUAAAGGUGAUCUACAGUCCGUAUGUAAACAAAGCCUUUGUUUACAUUUUUUGUGUCCAAAAUAUUGAGCUUUAUUCGACAACUAUUUAUAUUUUCAAGCUUCUGAGUAUAAUAAAUGAUCAAGAAACAACAAUCAGGCUUUUCAAGAACUCAAAACAUAGUUAAACUGUUUCCAUCAUAAAAAGUGGGCUCAUUUGUGAACAUGCGCAGAUCGGACUGUAGAUCACCUUUAAAGAGUUGGUAAAAGUGCACUAGCUGAUAUUCGUCAAUAACACCAGCAAAAUCUGCCGGAUAAAUCGCAGAAGGUAAACGAACUGAAAGGGAACAUUGCUACAGGAGAAUUGAAUUGAUUGUCUGAGACGAUUUGAACACUUAAAGUGGCAAUGCACCCUACUUUGUUAUUUUACUCGUCAAGGGGAGUGUGCUGCCACUCAGUGGGUUAAUGUUUCUUAUCUUGCACUAGAUACCGUAUGGCUGAAGAGAUGAGGGAAGAUGUCAUGGAACAAAUUCAGGUAAUUUUACUCAAGUUUUUAAAAAUAUAGGCUGUGUAUUAUGUAUUGAAAAUUCAACAUGGAAAUGUUUACCAAAAAUAUGAUCAAACAACCCCUUUAACCGUUCUUCAAGCAUACAUUCUCACUGUUUCAUGUUAUUGACAGUAUAUAUUGUCUCAUUUGCAGUCUUAUAUUGCCACGCAACUGAUGGUUCACUCAGACAGAGAAUCUAAAAUGUUAAGAGGUCACAAAACGGACGGUAAGUUUUUAUUUUUAAGCUUCGAUUUUAGUUGGCCGGUUCAAAAGCUAUGUGGAACCAUAGACAAUCCAGAAGCAAUGUCUUCUGGAUUGUCUAUGGUGGAACUUAAAGCCCAUUUUCCGCUAGGCGAAUUUGUUUGCGUGAAGUAAACUUUUUUUUUUGGGGGGGGGGAUUUUUCUAGAUUGGGUGGGUAAACUUUCUGAAGUGCAAAUUUUUUUUUUUGGGGGGGGGGGAUGCACACCCCCAGACAAUUCGUCCAUGCUCUGUCCCUUUCCAAAGCUUCACUCAGUAAUGUUUUCUUUUCAUUAUAGUGUUUCAUUUUUCCCUCUAAAUUAUCAUCCAAUAGAAGACAACUAGUGAGAAACCAGUAAUUAUUUAACUGCAUGGCUACAUGCAACAGAAUGGCCAAGACAGAAGUGGAUAUAUAUAAAUAUACAGCUUUUAGAAAGAAAGUGCUGAAUAAAGAGAAUAAGAUCAUGCAAGACAACUCCAGUUAGGCCUGGUUCACAUAUGCCUGCGGUAUCAUUGUUUACAACUGUUGAUGCAUAUAUUCUUUUGUGAAUUAUUUGGCUGAACUCAUGAACUGCUAACAACAAUAGCCUGCCGACAUACUGCAGGUAUAUGUGAACCAGGCUUAACACACAUCUGUCAGACAAAUCCAGAUUAACUACAAAAUCAAAUGGCAAUAUUUUGUAUGUGGUUUGAACUUUACAUUUGUUAUCACCAAUGACAACUCUGGUUACAAAUGUGACAACAUUUCCUUUUCAAUACCUUUUGGAAGAACUUUUUUUUACAAUUUCCACAAAUUACAGGUUGACCCAAUGACUUUCAGGAUCAGAAUCUGUAAAUAAUACUUAAUUAAAAUACUGAACAAUAUUUACAAAAUAGAUGAUGCAGUUUUUGAUGCACUUUGUUCAUCAUUGUUUUUAUCAAGGUUAACUUUCCCCGGAUCAUUCUUCGAUCACAAUAAAAGUUUAAUUAAAGUGUGCCAAACUAUAAACACAACUUCUCUCGUAAUAAACAUCCAUAUAAAUCGGUGGAGAAAUCUUCAUUUUGUGAUGACGAUGCUGAACUUCUCAUGUCUGAGAUCACAUCCUCCUGGACAUUACUGGAAUAAAAAUAUUGCUUUUAGAACCUUCACAUAUUGAAGAAAAUGUGAGG